AUGUUUAAAAAAUUUACGAGAGAUGAUAUACAUUCACGUUCUAACGUGAAAUCCUCUAUCCAAAGAACUCUUAAGACAAAGUUAGUUAACCAAUAUCCUAAAUUGGAGCCUGUUAUUGAUGAACUAAUUCCAAAAAAGAGCCAAGUGGAGGUAAUCAAGUGUGAGGAUAAGAUUCAAUUAUAUGCUGUGAACGGUGAAGUGCUAUUCUUCCAACAAUUCGACGAAUUAAUUCCUAGUUUAAGACUUGUUCAUAAAUUCCCAGAAGCUUACCCAAUAGUUCAAGUGGAUAGGGGUGCCAUUAAAUUUGUUCUUUCUGGUGCAAACAUCAUGUGUCCUGGGUUGACAUCCCCUGGUGCCGGCCUACCAGACGCCCCUGGGUUUGAAAAGGACAGUGUGGUUAUAAUUAAGGCUGAGAACAAAGAUAGUGCAUUGGCCAUUGGCCGUUUGUUGAUGAGCACCGAAGAUAUCAAAUCUAUUAAUAAGGGCCAUGGUGUUGAAUUGAUCCAUCAUCUAGGUGAUCCAUUGUGGAACUUCACCAUCGAAUAA